AGCAACGGCAACCCUCCGAUCCGGCAAGCAAGUUGGCGGCAGCGAUGGCGGUGGCGGCGGCAGUGGUGGUGAGGUGGACGGUAGGGACAGAGGGGCAGUACAGGCUGCGGACAUCAAGGAGAAGAGGAACGCACGGACAAGCAAGGUGUUAUUCGGCAGUCUGAUCCUGGACCUGCUCGGCUUGAAGGUGGUGCUGCCCGUGUCUCCUGCUCUCCUCGACUGUUACUCCAAGCACAACACCAGCGGCUUGUAUUCCUCUCAGCUCUCCUGUGUGACUUAUUACCAGCAUAUCAUCGGUUUCGCUGCGAGGUUCCAUUCUGUCUUGUUUGAUAGUAAUUGAUGAACACAACACACCACGUGGAGAGAAGCAAGGUGUGGAGUACCCAAGCCUCUCACAGUCCAUGCUAGUAGACUCACCCUGCAUGUGGAGAUCUCCCAAAAUGCACGGAGGUUAUUCCAGAGCUGCAGGACAGAGUACUUGAGGCCAUUGGUGAACAGAAAGCUGAGGUUGAACAAAGGUAGAGUAAAGAUUACACUGACAUUUGGGACAUUGACGUUGUUUGUUACCAGUAUUAUAUUGAUUCCUUUUAUUUCAGCCAAGAAUUGAUAGCUGCCCAAGGUGUAAGCAAGAUUCACAAUGAUGAGGUCAUUGUGACGUGUGCAAUGUGUCCACUGGUCUUGGCCUUCCUGACCAAGGCAGCCACACAAAGGAAAUUUCACGUUAUUGUUGCCGAACGUGCUCCUAAAUAUGAUGGUCACCCAGUGGCAAAAGCUUUAUGUACUGCUGGAAUUGAGAUAACAUUAAUUCAAGACUCUGCAGUGUUCCCCAUCAUGUCACGUGUCAACAAGGUCAUCGUUGGCACCGAGACGGUGGUGACCAACGGAGGCAUUGAGACCUUUGUUGGUGCAGCCUCUCUUGCCUCACCACCAAAGUUUUAUUCUGUUCCACUGUAUGUGUGCACUCCCACAUACAAAUUUAGCUUGAUGGGCUGUGAAGAAAUAAGCCACCAAACCACCACUUCUAUUAUCCCAGAGGGAACAAAGUUUUGGCCGUCUGUAAAUACUGCGCUGACUCAGCUAGAUUACGUUCCUCCAGAAAAUGUCACUGGUUUCAUAACUAACAAUCGAGGUACUGCACCAUCCUACGUGUACCGGCAGCUUAGCGAACUGUACCGUCCCACUUCUUGUGAUCUCUAAGGUAACAGCUUUAAUCCUUGCAAAUAAGGAAUAAGAGAAAAGAGACACACCUGCCAUUUGUACUGUUAUGCUGUAGUGUUCUGUCAUUUUUUUCCUCUUUUAUCCUAGAACCAUUUUUGGUCAUUCAUGUUUAUAAAAAUUAUUAUACAAAAAUGUUGAGCUUAAUAUGUUUGGUGUAGUUUUUUGUUACAUGUGUUAUUGUUAAUGUGUGUGGUUCCCCUCAGGAAGAAUGUUGCAGUAUUAGCAGUAAUGUUACAGCCAAUGGAAGUGUCUGUAUUGUGCUUUGGUGGGAGGUUAAUUUGAUGUAUUUUUAGAGUUGUGCAGGAUAUAGCAAGCCCUCAAAAUAAAGAAAAUAACUAUAGAAAACA